AUGGCUAAAGAUGAUGCUCGGAUCCAAGUAGCACUCAAAGAAGCUGAAAGUGCAAAAAGGGCAACACGCAAUGAGAUGUCUAAGCGUGAAGAAGCUGAAAAAUGGGCUAAAGAAUCUGAAAAUGGGUAUCUCAAUGAGUUGAAGCGUAGGAAAGAAACAGAGAAGGCACUGAAAGAAUCUAAAGAACAAUUUGAAAAGAUGAGAUCAGAGUCCGAGACACGAAUUGCCGAAUCUAAUAUGGUGAUUAGAGAGCUCCAAUGCAAUUAUAGCUUAUUAAUGGAAGAGUUGAGAAGACGUAGAGAUGAAAAUGAAGAGUUGAUGAUAGAGCUUAGCAAAGUAUCAAAGCUGAAGAGUAAGCUUGAGGGAGAGGAAAUGUCUUCCUCUAAGGACCCUGAACUGCCUCAGUACUUCAUAUGUCCCAUUACACAGGUAGAGAUCAAUGAAAACUAUACAAUAAAAAAUGUUAUUAAUCAUAAGAGAACCAUCUUAUCUUUGCAGGAUGUGAUGGAGGAUCCACAGGUAGCAGCAGACGGUUUUACAUAUGAAAGAGAGGCUAUAUGUUGUUGGUUAGAUAGUGGACACGAGACUUCUCCAAUGACAAACAAAAGGCUACCUCACACAAGCUUGGUUCCAAAUCUUUCUCUUCGGUCUGCUAUUCAAGAAUGGCUUCAAGAUUCAAGCUCCUGGAUCAUUGAACCAGAUCCCCUCCUUUGUAAAAAGAUUAAUCAAAAGCAGCUUGAAGCCCUUAGUGACUAA